AUGGAUCGUCGUGAAGCUUGGAAGGAGACCGUGAGGGAGUUGUGUUUCGGAAAUGACUCUUCCGAUGAGGAAGAUAAUUUGUUCCUUGCCACUGUGAGCGCCUUGCAUGAGUCGGAGGCAUCACAGCGGGGACCUUGGGGUGGUUCAGUGCCAGGCCGUCGGCGUAUCGAGCGGAAUCGCCUGGAGGGUCAUCAUAGGUUGUUUAAUGACUACUUCGCCGAUCACCCGGUGUACCCAGAUUACAUCUUCCGUCGCAGGUUUAGGAUGAAACGUGACCUGUACCUCAAGAUUGUUCAGGCAGUUGCGGACCACGAUCCGUGGUUCCAGCAGCGGAGGAAUGCUGCAGGAGAGCUCGGCCUGUCGCCGUUGCAAAAAGUAACAGCGGCGUUUCGCAUGCUCGCGUACGAUGCUCCCGCCGAUUCUCUCGAUGAGUGCCUCCGGCUAGGGGAGGCCACUAUCAUUGAGAGUAUGAGGCGGUUUGUGCGAGCCGUCGUCGGGGUGUUUGGCGACCAGUACCUCCGCGCUCCGAACGAGGAGGACACCGCACGCUUGAUUGCUACAAACGAGCGAAGAGGGUUCCCCGGGAUGCUCGGAAGCAUCGAUUGUAUGCACUGGAGGUGGAAGAACUGUCCCACAGCGUGGGCCGGUUCCUACACGGGACAUGUGAACUCUCCGACGAUCAUCCUAGAGGCAGUGGCGUCGCAGGACUUAUGGAUUUGGCAUGCUUUCUUCGGCAUGCCUGGUUCGCUAAACGACAUCAACGUUCUGCACCGCUCCCAUCUCCUCGACAAUCUUGCCGCUGGCGUGGGUCCCCAGGUACAUUACUCCGUUAACGUUGGGAGGAAGCGGCAGCACUUCAUCGUUCAGCAGGCGGCGUUACGGAAGGAUGUCGAAAGGGCCUUCGGGGUCCUGCAAUCUCGGUUUCCCAUAGUCAGGGGAGCAACGAGGCUAUGGGACGAGGAAACACUUCACAACAUCAUGACCGCCUGCAUUGUCAUGCAUAACAUGAUAAUCGAGGAUGAGAGACCUGAUGGGGACGUCGAGCACGUGUACGAGGGUGCCGGUGUUCCAGUGGAGCCAUCACACACCCCAUCCGCGACACUUCAAGCAUUUGCCCAAAGGUAUGGGAUGAUAACUAGCAGGCAGGGGCAUCACCAGCUCCGUGAGGAUCUUGUCGAGCAUCUGUGGCAGUUCCACGGAGUCGAGUAA